AUGAGCGGACGGCCUGCCUUUGAGCAAUUCACUGCUCAACCUCCGCAACCUGCCGGAGAUCUAGCAACUCAAGCGUCGGGAGAUGGUGUUCAGGCCCAAGAGCUGACAAUUUCUAAACUGGAAAAUGCCAUUACUGCUAUGGAAGAUCAGCAUCUUCAAAAUGACCCUCGGCAUGCUAAAGCUCAACUUCUGAAACAGAAACUAGCAGCUGGACCUAUUGAUCCAGUUCCAUAUCCAUUACCUGCUGACUCUCUGUCGUCGCAAAUUACGGCCAGUCAAAUCCAGCAGCUUAGGGCGCAGGUGACCGCCUACAAGAUGCUUGCGCGAAAUGAGCCGGUUCCAGAGUCUCUGUUGAAAGAUGCGGUUGUUCUUAAACCGAAACCAACAAGCAUUCUUCCGGAACCCUAUGAAUUUCCUGGCGAGGCUGAAAAUGGAGAAAAACUUCCCUAUGAUCUAUUGAAGAUUUUCAAUCUUCACCAAGUGCGAUCAAAUCGGCCCACGCUGCUUCCAAUUCCGCCAGGAAUCGAUCCCGUUGCAAUGCAGAAAAAGCGUGAAAAUGUGAUUCAGAAUAGGAUUGGGCUGCGAAUUCGCCAGCUGUCGAAUCUACCUGCAGACAUUCCAGCAAAUCUGCGAAUGAAGGCUGAAAUUGAAUUACGUGCUUUACGUCUGACCAAUUUGCAAACUCAGGUCAGAAGUGAAGUUAUGAGUACGAUGAAGAGAGAUACGACGCUAGAAACUGCUCUCAAUCCAUACGCAUAUCGUCGAACCAAGCGGCAAUCUUUGCGCGAAGCACGUGUCACCGAAAAGCUUGAGAAACAACAAAAAAUGGAGCAGGAGCGCAAGCGGCGUCAGAAGCACACCGAUCUUAUGCAUGCCAUUAUUCAGCACGGAAAAGAGUUUAAAGAAUUCCAUAGGAACAACCUCCUUAAGAUUGCUAAAGCUCGUAAGGCAGUGAUGACGUAUCAUCAAAAUAACGAAAAGGAACGAAAGAAGGACGAAAUCAGAAAUGAGAAGCUUCGUAUGCAGAAGCUCAUGCAGGAAGACGAAGAAGGAUAUCGUGCACUCCUUGAUGAAAAGAAGGAUCAACGUCUUGUGUACCUUUUGCAACAAACUGAUGAGUAUAUCGACAGCUUGUGUAAUCUUGUCAGACAACAUCAAGUUACGGAAAAGAAGAAAAAGAGAAUGGACAAGAAAGCAGAGAAGGCUGGAAAUAUGGAUGAUGGGGAAGCCCGAUGCCACGUACGAGACGUUUCUACCGGUAAAAUUCUUACUGGUGAAGACGCUCCGAAACCGGAGGAACUUGAUGUUUGGUUGGAAACUCAUCCUGGUUUUGAGGUCGUUCCUCGUGACCAACUUUCUGAUGACGACGAAGAUGAUGAUGAAGAUGUUCCGGUUGAGCAACUCAAAGAAGAAAAAGACGAUCAGUAUGCUGGACUCGAUGAAGAAACCAAGGCGAAAAUGAUCAUUGAGAAAGCAAGAAAUGAGGAGGAUGAGUAUGAUCAAAAAACCAAAAAACAAAUGGCUGAUUAUUAUGCGACCGCUCACAAAGUUAAGGAAAAGAUUGUACAACAGCAUUCAACGAUGGGUGGUGGAAACCCUAAUCUACUUCUUAAACCGUACCAAAUCAAGGGUCUGGAAUGGAUGGUUUCGUUGUACAACAACAAUUUGAAUGGAAUCUUAGCCGAUGAAAUGGGUCUCGGAAAGACAAUUCAAACCAUUUCUUUGAUUACAUAUUUGAUGGAAGUAAAACAAAAUAAUGGCCCAUAUUUGGUUAUUGUGCCGCUUUCGACCAUUUCCAAUUGGGUUAAUGAGUUCGGCAAAUGGGCUCCUUCGGUUCAGACGAUUGUCUACAAAGGAACAAAAGAUGCGCGUAGGCGAAGCGAAGGAUUGAUCAGAAAGGGAGCUUUCAAUGUCCUUUUAACGACCUACGAAUAUGUCAUCAAGGAAAAGGGAUUACUUGGAAAGAUUCGGUGGAAGUACAUGAUUAUUGAUGAAGGACAUCGUUUAAAGAAUCACAAUUGUAAGCUGACUCUUAUGCUCAACGGAUAUUUCCAUGCGCAACAUCGUCUUCUUCUGACUGGUACUCCACUUCAAAAUAAACUUCCCGAAUUGUGGGCACUUCUCAAUUUCCUUCUGCCGUCGAUUUUCUCAUCGUGCGGUACUUUCGAGCAAUGGUUCAAUGCACCAUUCGCCACAACUGGAGAAAAGGUGGAAUUGAGUCAAGAAGAGACAAUGCUUAUUAUUCGACGUCUUCACAAAGUUCUUCGACCCUUCUUAUUGCGGCGUUUGAAGAAAGAGGUCGAAUCUCAACUUCCCGACAAGACGGAAUAUGUCAUCAAAUGCGACAUGUCAGCACUUCAGAAAGUGCUUUAUCGACACAUGCAGAAAGGUCUUCUUCUCGAUACCAAGAUGCAAUCUGGUGCCAGAAGUUUGAUGAACACCGUAAUACAUUUGAGAAAGCUUUGCAACCAUCCAUUCCUUUUCCCCAACAUUGAGGAUUCCUGCAGAGCCCAUUGGAAAGUUGACGAAGUUUCUGGUCAAGACUUGAUGCGCGUAGCCGGAAAAUUGGAGCUUCUUGAUAGAAUUCUUCCGAAGUUGAGGGCAACGGGACAUCGUGUUCUGAUGUUCUUCCAGAUGACCACAAUGAUGACAAUUCUUGAAGACUUUUUGACAUUUAGAAACUACAAAUAUUUGCGACUUGAUGGUAGCACGAAAACUGAUGAUCGUGGAGUUUUGCUUGAUCAGUUCAACAAACCUGACUCUGAAUACUUCUUGUUCAUGUUAUCGACACGUGCCGGAGGUCUUGGUCUCAAUUUGCAGACAGCUGACACCGUCAUCAUUUUCGAUUCCGAUUGGAAUCCUCAUCAGGAUAUGCAAGCUCAAGAUCGCGCCCAUCGUAUCGGUCAGAAGAAGGAAGUUCGUGUGCUUCGUCUGAUUACUGCUAACUCUGUUGAAGAGAAAAUCUUGGCUGCUGCUCGUUACAAGCUAAACGUGGACGAAAAAGUUAUCCAAGCGGGUAAAUUCGAUCAACGUUCGACUGGAGCUGAACGGAAACAAAUUCUCGAGCAAAUAAUCAAGGCUGAGGCUGAAGAUGAUGAGGAGGAAGAGGUUCCAGAUGAUGAAACAAUUAACCAAAUGGUGGCGAGAUCUGAGGAAGAAUUCAACACAUUCCAAUCGAUGGAUAUUGACCGACGAAGAGAAGAGGCAAAUCAACUUCACAGACGACCGCGUCUUCUUGAAGAACAAGAAAUUCCGGAUGAUAUCGUUAAGGCUUCAUUCGAUUUUGAAGAAAUGGAGAAGGCGCGCGAAGAAGGACGCGAGAUAGUUGAGCAUUCUUCCGACAAAAGACGAAAAAGAAAGGAAGUUGACUAUUCUGGAGAUUUGAUGUCAGAUGAGCAGUUCAUGAAACAAGUAGAAGAAGUCGAAGACGAAAAUGAAAGAGCUGUGAGUGAGCGAAAGAAGCAGCGUAAGAGAAAACUUGCCGGAUUGGAUGAAAAUGAUGAUUCGAUGGAUGAUGUUUUGGCAGCAAAGAAGAAGAAAUCGACACCAGAACUCGAGCAAACCAUGAACAAUUUGCUGAAAAUAUUACUCGAAUACAAAACAUCCGAAGGAAAUAUUCUUGCGGAUCCGUUUGUUGAGCUUCCGACGAGAAAGGAGCUUCCGGAUUACUACCAGAUCAUUGCAAAGCCAAUGGACUUCAAUCGUAUUAGAAAAAAGAUUGACAGUGGAAGAUACGCAAAUCUUGAAGAAAUGAACAAUGAUGUUCUUCUUCUUUGCCAAAAUGCGCAAACUUAUAACGAGGAAGCCAGUGAUAUUUAUAAUGACUCAAAAGUGCUCCAAGCGCUGUGGGAGAAGGUUUACGGAAUGUGCGCAGCUCAGCUUGCCAUGCAGGCCCUUCAAAAGGAAUUGUUGACUGGUGCGAUCACAAUGGAUGCCGCUUUAAAAAAGCAAUUGACGAUUUUUACGAAAUACGGAAUUGACGGGGAAGCGGCGAAUAUUGCACGAAAGACAUUAGCAGCAACGAUUCCUGCAAUGGGAAGCGUAAAACGGCAAGUGGAUGGAGAAAGCGCGUCGACAUCGACGUCGGUGGUGAAGAAGGAGGAGGAAACUGGAAAGAAGGUAAAAUCUGAGGACAAAGAAGAGGAAAGAUCCGAGAAGAAAAAGUCCCAGGAGCCAGUUGUAGGAAGACGGAAAUCGAAACCAUCGAAGCGGCACAGUGACGACGGAGACGAUGAUAUGGAGGAUUGA